AUGCAGGCGAAGUACGCUGAUGCGAUGAAUGAAGUUAGAAGGAUAUUUCCUUCGAUGGAUGAAGACGUUGACACCUAUCUUGAGGGUUCGUCCAUUGCCACUCCCUUGACUGUUUUUACAAGGCAUCAUCACUGCAAAUGGUGAUCACUUCGAAUCGCCCGAGGAAGUUUUUGAAGCUGUCGGUAGCUUUCUGGAAGGUUCAAAUCCGGCUUUGGAUGUUUCUGAAAUAAGGAAACUUUGUGCGGACCUAUUUCAAAUCCUUCGCCCGUAAGGAAUCAUCUUUAUUUUCCUUUUUUACGUCAAAAUUUCCAGCUGGCAAAUGUCACAAUUGACAGUAUUGUACUAGCUAGAGAAUAGUGUUGUCAUAUCCGAAGCAUGUUGCUCACACCAGUUCCUCUGCAAGGAAGAUGUUACAACUUAUGUCAACGUCUAUGUUCCCGAUUCUUUAAGAUCUUUUAAACAGGCAUUAGGUCUAUCGCCUAUCCACUCAGUCCCUUACUUGCCAUGAAAGCGGAUAAUCAUGACAGGAUUGUUAAGACUGGCUAGGCCACACAGGAGCAAAACCGUUUGGAAUGGUAGUAGUACAAAAUCAUCCUUUAUGUUCUUUAGCGAAGUAGUAGUUAUCAUAAUGUAGGAGCGCUUUCGAUGUGUUGAACCGCAUUACCUUGAUUGUAAAGCAAAAACGUCCUUUUUAGCAACUAUCUAUUCAGGCAAAUUUGUCACAUAGUACAGACAGGAAUUGCGUAAAAUAGCAGGGAGGGCUCAUUCGUAGAAGAUUUUUUCCAGUUUACCGAUCGCGUAUUUUCAGUCAAACUUGGCUCAACGACCAGGGCCAAAUUGUUCAGGCUCAGUAAUUGCCUUAAUAGGAGCAUUAUUUAAAUUAUCUACGGGAUGCUCUACUAUUGCAGAAGCAAAUGAUGUGCUGACGUAUCUGCCCCGUUGCUGAACAUUUAAGCAACCAGGUGUUAGAUGCCCUCGUGUGUCCUCCACAAUGGGCCACGCGGCAGAUGGGCUAGACCAACACGGGGGGUCAGAUCAUGGUCCGGCACUCUAUUGUGCUCUGCACUUCAUAGCGGAUGACAUACAUGGGAGAGUGGCACGCCUGGGCCCAGGGUCACACCGCGCCAGCCACCUGCGCGCACUUCCGCCUUCUGUUUUGACACCGGGUUCAGGUGCUUGGGAGAAGAUAGAGUGUGGUAGGUGCUGUGCAAGUCAUCUGUCACUAAACUAAUUCACGCUCAAAUCAUCGCCUCCGAGUCCGAAAUGCUGCGGAGCGCACAGUAGGCCUCGUCGGAAAAGACGGGCAAACUCUCACGGAUGGCCUCGUGCUGAAAACAAACUUGAUAUCUAUGUCAGUAGACACACUCGCCUGUCGUCUUUUUGCUAUUUACUGAAAGUAAAGAUGGAGAUUCGACGGUCUGCGCUCCAACAGAGACCAAACGGCCGGCUGAAAAACAGCAGCCUAAUGCCCUCAUAAUUCGGUCGGAUAAACCAAAAAAACCAAAGCGUGCGCUUUUUGUACCGAAUCCUUUGUUAACUUAGUCAUAGGGCAGCCGACAAUUUUAAAAGCUUUAAAAUCGAGACUGCUGCCAUUGAGCAACGUGUACCGACUAUUACGCUUUUUGUGCUCCCUCUGGAAUUCGCAUAUCCUGGUUUUUUUGAAACCAGCCUGCCAGUGGCUUUAGAAGAAAUAACUCAGUAAACACACACGAGGAGCUUUAUGUGCGAUCCACUAAAGUUCUUUUAUAUUUUUCGGAAUGCAUUGAAUGCAUGACGUGAAGAGUCAGAAUCACAGUUAUUUGUCGACAUACUUGUUGAGGCUCUCUGUUAUCUUGUGUUGCCGGCGAUAAGUUGAAACCUGUAAUUCGUCGAAGGACACUUGAGGAAAAAGGAAAUGCUACGCUAUUGGCUAGAGUUAAAAAUAAAUUUGUGGAUCAAGGGUAUCAGUUGUACGGGAGGUUGACACUUAAUCAAGAAUGAUCGGAGUCUGCCAUGCUUACUUGAUAUCGUUUUGCAAAUAGGAAUUGGGAACUGGACACUCCGACGGCACUUGAUGAACCGGUCCACAUGGCAAGUCUUGUCAACAACUUCAACGACCGAGUGAUAAAUACAUCGAGUAUUUGGAUGGCUAAACGCGAAAAUGCAUCGGUGAGAGGUCAGAUUUUUAGUUUAUUUAUUCAUGCAUCGUUGUCACUUUCGGAGAAUGCUUAAAUUUGCAAGCUAUAACGCAAGUUCGAGUUUCGGCACAUAGUCGAUUAAGUCGGCUUUGGAUCAUUUUGUUAUUGCAAAGUUCCGAAGACCACCAACUCCAAGCUUAGAAGUGCGUUCCAACAAAAAUCCCAAAAUGGUUCGUCUUCAACAACAGACAGGAAGUUUGGCUGUUCGUGGAGUAGAAUCAGCACUCAACUUCCCUGAUAACAACAUAAAGCCGACAAGACCAAAGGCGAGCGCCGUCGCAGUGACUGAUAAAACCAAAUAGCCCGUCUGCGUGCGUAACAUAUGGCCCUCUCUACCCUCUAUAUAUUCCAGACCGCCUAUACUGAGGUAUCUGGAAUCUGGCAUAGUGAGAGUGUCACCAAGACCAAAUUAAGGAGUCAUUGAAGUCUGUUCUGGGAUGGACCGAGUUUUCAGUCAGUCGGCAGCCGUCCAAGCCACGACUGGCAGCACGUCCUGGUAGAUUCAAGCGAGCCGGGUUUUGUUGCGCUAAUGCGCCUCCCACCCACUUCCCUCUCAGCCGACUGUCCAAGCCUAUCAAGCAGCUGGUGAUGACAGUGGCCACGAUGGCUGACAAAGCCAAACAAUCCGUCCGGACGUACCACGCAUGACCUUGUCCCAUAUUGCGCAUCAGGCUUCAUCGAAGGACAUGUCUCCCACUUACGUGACAUUUGAAUGGUCUGAUGCCCGGAGUCCUUAUUAACCGUCCCAUUGCGUUAAGAUUAUACAGCUUUCCCGCGAGCGGUUCCAGACGCAUUGACCCUACCGCAGUCGGACCGCUUACAACACGCACGAAUUCAGCCACAGCCGUCCGCGACCUACUUGAACACACCACUCCUCGAUAAAGACAAUGACGGGUUGACCGUCGUUUCCGAAGAUGUCCGUCUUUGCAUGUCAAACAACCACCUGACCUCCACAAAACACCAUGAUGUCAUGCAAGGGAGGUGAACUGUCCGGAUCUCACAUAAAGCGGAGGGGCCACACGGAGGAGCCUUUCAUGUGUGAUGUUGGAUGUGUUAAUAUGUGGUGCGUGUGUUAAUGGGGUGUAUGAUUUAGUCUGCGUUGAUUUACCGCAAGCCUUUAUGGAGGUGAAUUUGACCGAGUAGGCGUACGCGAUGGUUUAAUGUGCGGAGGCAAUGCAGACAGCUGAGGCGAUGACGGCGGAUGCUGGUUGGUGUCACAGACACUGGCUCGCCAGUCUCUGCGCGGUGGAUUCACAAGCGGCCGACCGGGCCGAUGCGUGGUGUGUAUGUGCGGUGACAAUCUGGUUGGGAGCUGCUGAUUCGGUUGCAGUGAUGCUGCUAGUGGUGGCCGCGCUGGUAGAUGGGAAUUUGGCAGUGCUAGAGAUGGAAGUCUUGUCGGAUGUGUAAUGUGUGCUUAGUGUGUCGAUAUUGUGGUGAAUUCUACUGCCGUGCAUACGCAUGUGACCAGAUAGGUUCAUGCGGUGAAUGAAUGUGCUUAGGCAGUGCGGACAGUGAAGGCGGAUACCACGUGUAUAUCAGGCUUCGGGCUUUAGUUCGUCGGUCACAGUACGAUGUAUUCGCAAGUGACCCGUCAGGCUGACUAUCCUGUUGUCCAUGACACGCACCAUCAUCCCUUCGUAGAGCUGACACACAAUGUGUGUAGAUCGUUCAGGACAGCCUUAUUUCUGAAUGGUUUUCAAGAGUUUACGAUUCACCGUGUUGACGGCCUUCGUCAGGCAGCUUAGAAGUUAGUGUUCAUUUCGUGACACUUCUUGCAGUUGCCGAGCGAAAAAGAUCAUGCCAGUGGUUCCGUCGUCUAGUCAGAGGUCACACUGAUAUUCCGGAAGAAUUCCACGUUGCAGAUGCUCGUGGAGACGGUUGGAAGAGACGCGAGCAAAGGUCUUUCCAGCAGUGUUGAACGGCAAAAUUCUUCUGCGACUAUCGCAGAGUUCCCGGUUUCCUUCCUGCAUGUAGAGAUGGAUGAUAGUCGCGUCCUUGAGAUCCCGAGGAACUUGUCUUUGACGCCACUUCUUCUGGAAUACCAUCGGAAGUGCGUCGAUCAGCUGGGAGCCGCCAGGCUUGUAGACUUCGACCUGAAACUCGUUGAAUCCCGGUGCUUUCCUCCUGAAGACUUUGCGCGCCUCUGAUGGUUUCUGGAAGGGAUGGUGGGAGGGUCAUUGUUCGUUUCCAUUUGAGAGCCGGUUGAUAACCGUGUCAGAGAUUGCGGACGGCGGAUUGCAGACGCUUCUGAACUGCGCAACUCAGCGCUUCAGACUUUGCGAUUUAUCCAUGGGGAGCGCUGUUCCGUUGAAGCUGAGAAGCGGAGCGGUUCUCCUGCCUUUGGGGCCAUAAGCCGUCUUGAUUAGUGCAAUGGAGCUCUCCGUCUAUUGUGGUUUGCGUACCGUUGGAUUGUCCGCAGCCGUUGCUUCACUAGGCAGCGAUAUCGGAAGAAGGCUGCCUCGUUUGCAUCCGUCCGGCGGUCUAUUUAGGCUUUCAGCAGUCUGUUGGCUUCAGCGAGUAGGUUGCAGAUAUCUGCGCUGUCGCCAAACCAGUCCUAGCGUUGACGUGCGCCACCGAGGACGUCUAGGGCGGCGGACUGGGUUACGACCCACAGUUAGCGCCAGAGUGUUUUCACAGUGACAUUGUUGCCUGGAGCCUGCAGGUCUUCCAUUCGCUGAGUCGAUUGGUCGUUGUAAUCGAGGCGGUCAGUAAAAAAAUUAAAUAAAGCAAUAGUUGGCCUACUUGAUGAUCGCCAAAAUUGUGGUCUGAGCCUCAUCUUUAAGAUGACGAGGCGGUGAUCUGUCCACCCAUCAGGGAAGCCGAUUACUUUUGUCACAUCAGCACGUCCUGCCGAUUGUGCCUCCUGACGAGAACGUAGUCCAGCGGGUGUGCCAGUCUCGUGACCAUGGGUUCAUCCAGGUUGUUGAUCAGGAGGAGGAGGCCGUUAUUGUUACAGCCGUUGAGGCGUCGGGGACCAAGCACUCUCUCCCGGAUAAUAUGGUCUGUCCCGACGCGGGAAUUGAAGUCGCCCGUGACAACCAGGUUGUCUUUCUUCGGCAGUCCACUGCAGAUUGUGCAGAUCUCCGUAGAAUUUGUUUAUCGUCUCGUCGGGGUUGGUCAUUAGGGAGGAGAGGGCAUAGGCGCUGAUAAUGGUGGCAAAUUUAGCCUCCCGAAGAGGCGCAGGGUUGUGAAGCGGUCGUUUAUGCCCUGCAGCAGACAGUUAAGUUGCCUUAAGAUGUAAUUCUGAAUAAAAAGGACGACAAGGGCGUCGCAUCGCUGUGUAUAUGUGUGGCCGCUCCAGGUGUAGCCGGCACCCACUUUGUCCAUUUGACCUCGUUCAGAGAAGCAGGUCUCAAUGAGAACAGCGACGUCUACCUUGUGGCGCUCCAGUUCUCAGGCAACUAGAGCCGUCCUUUCCGGUCCUUUCCGCGGAUUGUCUUAAAGAUAUCGGACAUUCCAGGCUGCCACAGCGACCAACGUCAUUCAGGCAGCCUGUGUUGUUGUUCGGGAAGAUGGGGAUGCUGGUUGUUGUCUAUUUGGUUUUCUUGACUGUGAAUUGUAAAUCAGCGAGGCACAGUUUGCGUGCAGCUGACGUGAUCUGAGCAUUUGUCUAGGGUACCGUCUCUUACUCCUCCCAUUGCGAGGGGGGGUACGCAGUACUGUAUCUGAAUAGGACUUCUUAGACAUCCCAGACGGCCACCGAAAUCCACUUAGUGUCACGGUUUGGUUUAGAUGGAGAGCCACUCAAUUUAGGCUGGGAUUGCAUGUCGUCGUCCCCAUAGAACUUUUUGAGAUAGAAAUAUGAGAAAAGGGAAGGGAGAGAGGGAAUCGAUGGAAAUGGAAGCAAAAUUACCGGGUGACAGUUUGGCCGUCGCCUCCGGCGAUGUCCACCGUGUGCUUCACAGGGAGGUCCGGCAGGCACGGUGAGUUGCGCGUGAAUUAUUAUGUAGUGAGUGUAGACUUGCGCUGCAUCUUCCGCAGCCCCUCUUCCUCCCCCACCGGAGGCCAGUGUCAAGACAGAGUCAAGAAGACCGGAGGCGUGGGAAGGCGCAUGUGGAUAGCGCGAUCGAGUCCGUACCUUGGCACUCCACACAACAGCCCCUGGUCCAGGAUUGUAACCAACAAUAACAACAGCAGGGAUACGGGGGUACAACACCGGAUGCCCUCAUCUGCCUUAGUCCGCUGGUUGAGGCGGUUGCCGGGGUGUGGCUGCCAAGCAGAGCCUAACUCCAGGGAACCACAGAUAACGGUUGGUUGUCAAUUAAGGGCCAGAUAAAUUCAACUUGGACCACUAGACAUACCAUCCCUCGGGUAAUGCACAAGUCGUCUCCACCGAUCUUCAACGCACAUCAAAUCACUAGCUCUCAGACAUGACUUAACACCAUCAACACACAUCCUGGCCUUGCCAACAGCCACUGCCGCCUCCCACUCUGGUCGCUACAUUUCUGCCCCUUCGGGUACUGGUUGUCCUCGUGAAGCACGAUCGACAAACUGUCUGUCUGCACCUGCGCAGCAUAUGGCAUGCCCAGGGAUGGUGGGCAGUACUUUCACUGGAUGUUUGCAUCGCAUGCCUCAUCACACAAGCUGGUCGCUUCACUGUGACUCAAACCGACUCCGAUCUCUUAUCUAUGGUCCCACGACGACUGGCUCCGCGCAGCCAUUACGCGGCGAUAACGGAUCUAAUUGACGAACGAGAGCAGAUGAGAGUAGUAGGCUUGUCGCCGCAACUCCGGAUAUUGUUGUGAUUCUGGUUAAGCUACGGUAGAGGGCCUAGUCAUGUCCCUAUAGGCCACCACACCCAAAGGUCAUCUCUGGUACUCUUGAUCGUGCACUGGAACCUACAAUGUGUGGUAAGCGAGAGGAAGCUUAAUGCUGCCCAAAUCUCCCUCACCACGCUCCCACUCAUCCACUACUCGUCGGUGAUAAUGCUGCUCGUAGUCGUGUUUAACGGACAAACUGUGUCUUUGUUUUGCUGUUUGAAAUUGAAACCUGCAGUCAUUUUGUGCGUAAUUCUUAACCGCUGACCGACCUGACGCCAUUCUCAUUCCUUCCUGUAUGUAGACCGUUGACAAGAAGAAGUUGGCGAAAGCCGAGGCCAAACUCAAAGAAAAGAUAUCCAAAAAGUCCAGUAGCAGCGAUUUCUCCAAGUACGUUCGUUUAUCUACAGUGCCCGUCAUAGUUACCUCCACCCCCCUAAAGGACUGUCCCCUUGGAGACUGAUACUGCCUGUGUAAACCAGCAGCCGGAUCGGAGGGACAAGGCUGUCACCUCGGCCGAUGGGUCUCUUAGAAAGGUCACAGACAUACAUGUCGAAAAUUUUGAUAUUUCUUUCGGCAGCAGGUACGUGCAUCCACUUGGUUCUAUGUUUGAGAACGAUUUUUUCAACCUUGGUUAACUUUACAGUCUGAUUUCCGCUUCGUAGGGUACUGCUACAGGGUGCGAGCAUGCAUCUAGCUCUUGGUAGACGCUAUGGCCUUAUUGGGCGCAAUGGUUACGGCAAGACAACUCUGCUACGCGCUCUGGCCUGGUACGUGCUUUCUUCUCCGAUUUUGUCUUGCAAACUUCAUGGUUCUUAACGGAAAAUUUAAGUUUGGUCUUGCUGUGAUUGCCGACUGAGACUAGUUCUUUAAGUGAGGAGGUCCUAGUCGCCUGAAAUAUUGUCAAAGCCAAUACGGAGACUAGAGAGUUUGUAGCAGUUAGGUUAUCGUCGAGCCGGAAGUUGUGUUUGUUAAUCGACCGGCAGGUAAGAAGUGUAAGGGCUAAAAUCUCCCUCGCUUCCCUGAAGUUCACUUUUUCCCCCUGCUGAUAUCUUCGCAUUGCUUCAUUCUCUUCCAAUAGCGGUGACUUGCGAUUGCCACAGGGCGUUAGUGUACUCCAUGUGGAGCAGGAAGUCAUCGGCGACAUGACGCCAGCCAUCGAAAGCGUCCUCGAGGCGGACACCGAGAGGGCGACUCUGCUAGCCGAACUGGCAAAUCUCAAGUCCGUGAAAGGAACAGAGGCGGACAGUGGCGGACGCCUUGGUGAAAUCUUCCACCGACUCGUAGAGAUCGAUGCCGACAGUGCACCAGCACGCGCUGCAGCCAUUCUCUAUGGUCUGGGCUUCGAUCCUGAGAUGCAGGUACAGCGUUGUUCCACUCCGACUGGGUGAUCAGGCCAUUUUGACUGUAAAUUGUCAGUAGAUCUAACCCUGCGCGGUCUUUUGCCUUCCAGAAACGGCCCACCAAGGAGUUUUCUGGUGGUUGGAGGAUGCGUCUCGCGUUGGCGCGGGCACUGUUUGCGAGACCGGACCUCCUCCUUCUGGACGAACCUACAAACAUGUUGGACAUGAGGGCCCUUAUCUGGCUAGAAGGUUACGUCCAGGUGGGAACGAAUGUUUAACAAUUUUUAUUUACUACUAUGUAUCGUAAGUAACUGUAAUUUAAGUGUAUAAAAUGUGUUGCCUUUUCAGUCGUGGCCUGGCAUUAUGAUAAUCGUAUCCCACGACCAGGCCUUCCUCAAUUGCGUAGCCACGGACAUCAUUCAUCUGACGUCAAAACGACUAGAUGCUUAUCGCGGUAAUUAUGACAUCUUUGUGAAGGCUCGUGAGGAACGUCUGCUAAAUGAAGAGAGGGAGUAUCAAGCACAGAAAGCCGAGCGCGAACACAUCCAGGUUAGUAUACUCUGCGAAGUUAGCUGUCACCCCUACUUAUCCACUAAAUUUACUCCAUGAAGAACAUACCUUUUACUGCUUCAUCUUUUGGCUAGUAGUCUGUACAUGAUGUAGUGGCAGUGGUAUCAGCUCUUGCACCACCAGCUUUGAUUUCUCCAUUUUGACGUUUGUUUUACUGCCACUACAUGCAUUUUGUGAAUUUGGGGUUUGGAAUGUGGAGGUUACUGCAUAAUUCCCGAAGGUGAGUAAUGGGGUUUUUGAUACAAAAUUCCGAGUCCCGAAAUCCGAAGCGAUCCCAGGCACAUUAUUACAGGUUUUCUAUGUCUUUGUACAGCUCUUAAAACAAAGCAUAUACAGUUUGUGACCAAACUCAUGAAAUGUGUCUAAAUUUAUGAAUGAUUGCUAAUCAGCCACAAACCCACGCCAAUUCAUGGAUCCAAUAUCUAUGUUUAUUAAGCACAGCAAUGAAAGAAUUAAAAACUUAAAAGAAAUAUUAAAGGCGGUGUUGCGUUGCUUCGAAAUGCCGAUUUUUUUGCAUAAGCGCAAUAUCCCAAAAACAUCGAAAAUGGUUUAGUAAACAUCGUUUUUAGAUGUGUAGACUGUCUUCUUAUGCAAAAAACGUGGUAAAUAUGAAAGUACAAAUAAAAUGACGUUUGAAAAUAGUGUUUCAGUAAAGUUUACAUCUAAACAUCCUUUAAGAAUUAGUGUAAUUUCAUAUAUGGCGGUUUGUCAACAGCCCACAUUCUGAGUAUAGAUUCUACUCCAGUUUUCCAGGGAUUCGUGGUAUUCUUGACUGUUUUGAGUCAAAUGAGAUGCGGUUGAACAAGGGAAAAAGCAUUUUGCUUGAUUUCACCAAUGGGGACGUCGUAGGAACAACAGUUUUCAUGAGGCCGCAUGCCGCCAGGCCGAUCGGUGCCUAAUAAAUUUAAAGAGAACUGACAGGCGUGAUCGUAAACAAACCAUUUUGUGCUCGUAGAGAGAAAUUUUUCUCCGUUAAAUUAAUUUACACUUUUCUUUCGUUUGGAUUACGUUGAGUUUCAGAACGGCCUCGAAAUGUUGCUGAAUACUUCAUGAUUUUCAGUGUUUUCACCCGAUCGUCCAUAAAGACAGGUUCUGAAUUACCAGUCUGUUGAGAACUUUAAAAUAAGAUUACUCUUGAAAGCAUAUACCGAAUUGGUGAGUUUUUGGGCGCUCCUUUUUACGAAGAUGGUCGUUUGGGUCACAUUUGAAGACUCAUUCAAAUAUCAAACUUCAUUUUCGAGAAAAAUGGCUAUCCAUAACGAAAGACAGCAACGAAUAUGUCUUCGACCAAUUAAAAACUCUCUCUUAUAAGUUACCUCUUUGAGAAGUGCUUUAAUACUGCACUCCGUUGACGGAUCUCUGUGUACUUUGCAUUUUUGCACGGUGAGGCCAAGUAAACAUUUGACACUUUUGGCCGUUCGCGUUCCAGAAUACUACGAAUAUUUUUCUACCGUGAACGUAAGAACAUGCCUUCCUCUUUAUAUUGAGGCCAUUUCCACUGUUUUUGCUCGCUUUUAGACUCCGUUUUUCGAUUAUAAAUGCAUGGCAAAGUGCCCCUAUAAAUACUGAUAUUUUGCUGAAACUAUUACUGUUUUGCUCGUUCCAUUUCUGAAUUAGCUGUGUAGAAGCUAGACUACACGACAAGUAAUGUUUCAUAUGUCUGGAACUGGAAAUGACCAUCCGGUGGUGGUCGUUUAUGUGACAUCACACAAGAUUUUCCAAACGGCCAAACAAUUUAAUCCCAUUUAAACGAAGGAAUCCCUGUCUGCGUCAUUAGUGCACUUUAGGGCACCAAAUCGCACAGAUCUGCUAAUACGACUUUUAAGAAUCGAUAAAACACCUGGUUUUCUUAAAAUAACCUCUGUGUCAGCAAGUUGAGUACCACAGUUAGCAUCGGACAUAAAAUAAAUUUUCAAGUCCGACAAAAUCUGUUUAUUAAAACUUCUUCGAGUAAAUUACUUUCCUUUCAAUGAAAAACACGCUCAGAUGCGCAGCCGGAGUCUAGAACAUGUAUUAGCUUAGGAAAUUGCACGAAUAUAUUGCAACGUCCAUUUUCCGCCAAAUUUUAUUAAUAUUUUCUUUGAUAUAAUUACGUAAACGCGAUUUCUCCACAAGAAAAGGACAUUUCAUUAAAGGAAGUGGAUAGGCAAGCAAAAUGCGCAACGUUAAAGAUGUCAAGAAAUUCUCGCAUCAGUUUCCGUUAUCAGGUUUCAUGAGAUAGGUCACGUACUGUGGGCGCGAAUUUGGCGCACACGAAUCAAUCAAACAGAUCUUUUCCGUAUACCGAAUUUCUCUCAGUCACUUCGAGAAAUUAAUGAUCAUGCGAACUUGGGCGCCGACUUACCAGCCUGAAGAUAUAGUAAAUCAUUGCUUUUCCCUCGCACAGUCACCUUUUGUUCUCAGUGAUUGUCUCGAUGUACAUGUUUUCCUUCCAAUACCUUUAUUACGGGCCAUCUUAGAAUCGCCCCUUAAGGAAUCGAAUUUUUAGGCAUACAUGAUGGCUACCUCCCUGUGGUGACUAUUUUGACUGGCAUCUAAAGUACCUAUUCAAGAAGACAAAUAUGAUUACCACGUUUGCUCCUUGAGUGGAUUUUUCCCCUGCUUUGUGCCUUAUAGCAAUUCAUCGACACAUUCCGUUACAACGCUAAACGUGCCUCUCUGGUGCAAAGUCGGAUCAAACAUUUAGAGCGUCUGCCAAAACUGGUAGAACCUGAGAAGGUGGCCAAGGUAGUUUUUCGUCUACCCGAGUGUGACAAAGUUCUCCAACCGUUGGUCCAACUCGACGAGGUAUACUUUCACUACGUUCCAGAGAAACCAAUUCUCGAAAAGAUCGAUUUGACCGUCGUACACAGCUCACGCAUUUGUGUGGUAAGUCGCGCGAGUCAUCUGACUGCCUAGCCCCAGAGUCAAAUUGCGUUAACAUUUGCUCUCAUACGGGGGGUAUGUACGUGUCUUUGUUUUUUGUUCCAGGUGGGUGAAAACGGUGCGGGAAAGUCUACCCUUCUGAAAAUAAUCCUUGGUGAUUUGAAUCCAACCAAGGGCCUCCGAAAGGCUCACCGAUCGCUCCGGAUAGGCUAUUUCUCUCAGCACCACGUAGACCAGCUCGACUUGAAGGUUUCAAGCCUCGAAUUUCUCAUGAAAAAGUUUCCUGGUUAGUUGAAUUCCACCUUCUUUUUGUAGCCAAGCCUAUGUAGUCGGGUUUUCUUGCUGUUCUCUAAACGAAUUGGUAGUGACAAAAGUUGUUAUUGGAGGGCUAGUUACAACUGAAUCAGCAUUUGGGGACAUGAGCGGUUCUCCCAUAAGAUGCAUGGAGGUGUAUGGUUAGUUGAUGCCAGUUUGGAUUCCCGUCUCGGGACAUGUAGUCUCACGCAAGUGAGACAUUUCUUGCUGAUAGUUACCAUUCAGUAUUUCGUUAAUUUGAGCGUUUUUAGGUUUUAAGAGGUUGUCAUUUCGACGGAGAUUAACAGUUACUCAUUUCUGACUGGUCUGACAGCAUAUUCACUAGUUCCUUACCUGAUUGGUUCACAACAGAUUCCACUGCAAGCAGGGCGAUAUGUCUUUUCUAGCUCGCAGCUAUGCUUACAGAAAGUCUGUCGAGAUCCGAAAUCAUUCCAUGUGUUAUGGUGAAAGUGUAUUCACCGGUCGGGCUGCGAGACGUGUUCGUACCGUUGCGUAUUGCGGUUCAAUCUGGAGCCCUCGGAGACAGUGGCAUAAAGACCAAUGAUGCAUGCAGGAUAGAGUAGCCACAAAGACGAGACUGGGGUGGCCGUUUCUGGCUUUUUGAUCGUCGUCAGCCAGCCGUACUCGCCCUGGGGUCUGGAUGACCUGGAGUCCCCAUUCUCAACCGAUGGGACAAUGAGUCCCGGACUCAGCCCUGAAAACCCCCAAUGACCAAAGAACCCUGGUUGGAAUUUCACGUCAUCCAAACCUAGGGCUGGGUAUGACUGGUUGACAACUGAUAACAAGCCAGAAAUGGCCAUCCCAGUCUCCCUUGUCUUUGUCGGUACUCUAUCUUGCAUAUAUUACUGGUCGCCGGCUAACGACAGCGGCAGUCACAAGCGAGCAUACGUGUAAUUUGUCAGUGGACGCCACAGAUCUUUGUACUGCAUAAGUCGGGAGCAACAUUUAGGCCUUAUUUUCUAAUUGCCAUUUCGUCAUUAUUGUGCUAAAAUUUAUACCGUUCAUCGGACAUAUAAUUCCGACUUUAUCCUAACGUUUGUUGCCGCAGAACUUCUAUCUAUCGUAUCCAGGACUCGUUUUUUUCCGAACUUACUUUAUUUUUAUCCUGGGCUGCACUGUUAUAUUCGCAUAAAUGACACUUUUAGGUGAAACGGAACAGCGUUACCGAAGUCAGCUGGCCUCCUUCGAGAUCGGUGCCCUUCUUGCUCAACAACCAAUCGGCAGCUUGUCAGGCGGCCAAAAAUCGCGUGUCGCCUUUGCUGCAAUCAGCAUGCUACGGUAGUUUCGGCCACCUAUUUCCUCCAAAUGCCGCCACUCACAGUUGCCUUUUGUUGCCUUCAGCUUUCCUGUGUGCGUUUGGGGGGCCGAGUCGUGCAUGUGGCGCUGCAGACGAGCUCUCAAGCUCCGUGAGGCAUUGCGUUAAUUCCCCACGCCGGACACCUCACCGGUUCGGACAGUGGCCGGGACUUGGGAAUGAGAGGGGAGAGCGAGGUCGACGACUCAGCGCAUCUUCCUCACUAUGAACAAUCUAACGCGCUCGAAGCUAUCACAGUGCGCUAAAAGCUCUAGUUUGGAAGGUUCCCAACUGAUGGAAUAGCUUGGAUCUCUCAGUCAGCCCAAAGUGUGCUUUUGUGGAGUGCCUAACUAGUGGACUGAGAAUUAAGCUGCCUCUAUGGCACUACCUCCUAGUGGGAUCCGAGCCGGGUGUGGCGGCACGCCUAGGGGCAGCUCCGAUCGCGCCAGCCACCUGCGCCUUCUCCCAUCCCGGUCUUCUUGACCAUAUUUUGACACUGGACUCAGGUGGGGGAGGAAAAGAGAGUGCGACAGAUGUUUUGCAAGCCUACUAUCCCUAUAAACUAAAUCACGCGUAAGUCACCGUUCCUGCUCUCACCUUGCUGUAGAGCCCACGGUGGACAUCAUCUUAAUCGACAGCCAAACAAAACAGACUAAUUUAUUUGCGUAGACACAAUAGGGCGCGUGACGUUUCAGUGCUAACACCAUUCUAAUCAUUGCACUGCAGCAAGCUGUCGUUUUGGUUAUUCAUCCUUCGGCCAUCAGUAUAAGCUACCCUGGGAAAAGCACCGCCUAGGUGGCGGGUGUUGUUUGCAUGGACGUUUGACGUUCGCAUAGAUUCCCUCGCUUCUCUUACCUCAUAGGAAGCAACGCCUUCAGAGUUUGUAGUUGGAAGAAGGAAUUGUUUUAUUUUGGAGGUUUGUGUUGCUUUGUACGCUAAAACGUAACCUUCUAACCUGUUCUCAGGUUUGCCUAAUUGCACAGUGCAUUAACUUGGACAUAAUUGAGUGUCUCGUCUUCCCCCUCUGUAGAAGUCUCCCGGUUCUCAUAAAUUAUUUUGACAGAAAUAACACUUUUUUGCAACACUCAGUUCGUGUAGCUAUACCGUUUGAUUGCGUUGGACUGUUUUCUUGUCGAAGCACCAAUGCCUUUGGGGUGUGCCAGAUGGAGGUUUUACGUCAUGUAUUCCACUGGGCGUGAUGUCACCUCCGGACGGCUUGACUCUGAUUUGUGCCCCAUUGGUUGAUAGGCUCUGAUAGUCGAUUGGUGCAUAGGAGAGAGGGAAGAGAAAGAGCAAGGCCGAUAUUAGGACAGCCUUCUUUACGGCACAUCAAGGCAUUCCUCACUAAGUCUGACGUGCUUGAGUCUAACACGACUUGUCAAGGGUUGUGGCUUGGAGGCUGCCAACUGAUGAGAAACUAGAUCCUGCUAGGUACUGGGGAUCAGGCUUCAGUGGCCCCUCAACAUAGCUCUUAUGUUAUUCUCGCCCUAUGAGAUCAGAGUCAUCCUGGUGCAUGUAGUGAAGACGAGGUUGGGUUUUGUACGCCCAGACGGACUGUUUAGCUUUGCCAGCCGCUGCGGCGGAGCCCACUUCCGGUCGUCUUGGCUUUAUUAUGCCGACAAUGCAAGGUGAGGCAGGGGAGAAAUGAUAUUCUAGAUGUCGUUCAAGCCCGCUUCACUACAAAAUAACUCGCGCGUAAGUCGCCACUGCCAGACCCACCUCAUGGGGCAGCGGUGGACAUCGUCGCUUGUGAUGGUUGGAUUGUCCUGCACUAGGAUGGGGGAGUGAAGAGAUAUUGAGACCGAUCUGGCAAGAACUGGAAGUAUUUGAUCACCACUGCUUAAGGGCCAUCCUUCGAGUGAAGUUCACCGACUUCGUCUCAAAUGAGACAGUCCGUGCUCGCUGCGACAACAUCGCAAGGAUAACUCAGGCCAUCCAAGAAAGGCGACUGAGGUGGUUUGGGCAUGUUCUUCGUGGUCCACCCCGGGAGCUCAGUGUUGCUGCCCUCGAUCCGGCACCGUUGCCUCAUUGGAGGCGUCGAAGAGGGGGUCAGCUCAAUACCUGGCUCGACACAGUUAAUCAAGACAUGAAGGUGGUUCUUGGACCUUCGGUAUUCGGUCCCCUUCGGUGGCGAAGAGAGUGGGUUGAGCUGUCCAGAUCUGCUGCCGCGGAUCGUCACGCGUGGAGAGGUACAGUCCGUGACAUCAUCGAGGCCGGCUAGAUCAGGCAUGAUCGCAGCCGUAUCAAGUACAAGUACAGGAAUCCGAUGUGUUUCUUCCAUGCAGUAAUAAACGUGACAUGCUUUUGAUUAUCACGAUGCGCUCAAAGUCCGUGUGUGACGCCCUUCAAAUUUAGGAUUUGCCAAGUACACUCAACUAGAUCUAUUCCUCCAUUAUUUGUAGGCCCAACCUCCUGGUGCUGGAUGAGCCUACGAAUCACCUCGAUAUUGAAACUGUCGGUGCCCUGGGUGAGGCGAUAAGAAGUUUCAACGGUGGGUUGGUGUUGGUUUCCCACGACGAACGUCUCAUCUCCUCUGUCUGCAACGAGGUCUGGGUCUGCUCCCGGUGCCACUUUGGUCCCCCCGAGGAGGGCCAGGGUAGCCGGGUGAAGGUGCUCAAGGGUGGCCUUGAGGAGUACAAGUCCGCCGUGCAUAAACAGCUGGACGAGGUUAAGGCACGGUAA